AGGAAUAAAAAAUUAAAGUUUCUGCAACCGAUUCCAAGAUCUAGCUAUCCCGUUAUUAUAAUAUAUAAAGUAAUUAUUAUUUUCCUGCCACAACUAUAUAUAAAUAUACAUUCACAUUCAAUUAUGCAUGUGCUUAGACUUUGACACACAAUUCAAGCUCCAGAAAUAAGCUAAUCAGUGAAACAAAAUGUGGAAGCUAAAGAUAGCUGAAGGAAAAGAUCCGUUGCUGAGCACAAGCAACAACUUCAUUGGAAGGCAACACUGGGAGUUCGAUCCCGAGGCCGGAACGCCGGAGGAGAGAGCUGAAGUUGAAAGGCUACGUUCCGAGUUCAAGAGGGACAGAUUCAAAAGGCAGCAAAGUUCUGAUCUACUAAUGCGUUUGCAGUUUAAGAAGGAGAAUGGAUGUGGUUACAUUCCAGCCGCCAUAAAGAUAAAAGACGAAGAGGUUAUUAGUGAGCAAGCAAUCACAACAACACUUAGAAGAGCAUUAACCUUCUACUCAAUGCUUCAAGCUAAAGAUGGUCAUUGGCCCGCAGAGUCCGCAGGCUCAUGUUUUUUCCUUCCUCCUUUAGUUCUGGCAUUGUAUGUGACUGGAGCAAUGAAUAGAGUAUUAACCUUGGAGCACAGAAAAGAGAUGAUUCGCUAUUUGUACAAUCAUCAGAAUGAAGAUGGAGGUUGGGGGCUACACAUUGAGGGUAAUAGCACCAUGUUUGGUUCUGGAAUAAGUUACGUGGCUCUAAGAUUGCUAGGGGAAGGGCCAGAGGAUGGAGAAGAUAUGGCAAUGGCUAGAGGAAGGAAGUGGAUUCUUGACCAUGGUGGUGUCAUCAACAUUCCUUCUUGGGGCAAAUUCUGGUUAUGUGUACUGGGGAUAUACGAGUGGGAUGGUUGUAAUCCAUUACCUCCAGAAAUGUUGCUUCUUCCCAAAAUUUUCCCUAUCCACCCAGGAAAUUUUAUGUCAUAUAGCCGCCUCACAUUCAUUCCGAUGGCGUAUUUAUACGGAAAGAGGUUCGUGGGGCCGGAAACGGAAGUGGUUCGCUCUCUAAGGCAAGAAAUCUAUACUCAUCCCUACCACCGGAUUCAUUGGAAUAGCCUCCGUUUCCUCUGUGCUAAGGAAGAUGUUAAUUACCCGCCCAACGCCAUGCCGUAUUAUAUGUACGGGUUUAUACAAAACUUUGUUGAGCCUGUCCUAAAGAUUUGGCCAUUUUCAAUUGUGAGAGAGAAAGCCCUCAAGCGGGCAUUGGACCAGAUUCAUUAUGAGGACCAAUGCUCCCAUUACAUGGACAUUGGCAUUACCGUAAAGGCAGCGGCCAUUGUUGCUUGUUGGGAUGAGGGUCCAAAUUCAGAGGCAUUCAGAAGGCAUCUUGCUCGUCUCCCGGAUUACUUCUGGGUAGCAGAAGAUGGCAUGAAAGUGCAGAGCUUUGGAAGCCAAACGUGGGACUUAUCUUUCAGCAUUCGAGCCAUUCUUUCAAGUAAUCUAUAUGAAGAGUAUUGGCCAACACUUAAAAAGGCACACCAAUUCUUAAAAGCUUCUCAGGUU